AAUGUCGAGUUUCGUCGAGAGAACGAUCCCGACUGGACUCUGGACCGACUCGAGCGACAGAAAUUUAGGCGAUUGCCGCUUCUAUCGACCAUCUCGAGUCCGUGUCGCGUGUCGCGGGAAGCGCUUUGUCGUCGUUCGUAACCCGUGGGGCCAGUCGGAGUGGACCGGGCCAUGGUCAGAUGGCUUGACGGAGUGGCAGGGAGAGCUGUUGGAGGUGUUGAAGGAGCUUGACCAUGUCUUUGAAGCGACGGACAGUUCGUCGUGGGAGCGGGGAAAACGGAAGCAGCGAACCAUCCCAUCGCAUGCUGUUAAAAUACGACUCAGGAAAAGCCAAAUCUUCGUCCUCAAGGACAUCAAUGCUAUCGUCGAGGAAGACAUCGCCAGCCGCAACUCUGAAAAGCCAUCGACCGAAGCGAUGGAAGGGCUUAGGCUCGAGAAAGCGGAAACUAAGGCGAAGACCAAAAUGAAGAAGGAAGCACCGCCACCAACUAAGGAGAAGACGGCAAGGGGAUCAAAAGGCUA